ACUGACUCAUUGAGACGCUUACGGGGAGGGAAGAGGUAUUCAAAUCAGUUCUAUUGGAGAUGUCCUGUGAAAAAAUUGACGUGGAAUUUACCUCAAACGUGCCGACUCACUUAAAACUCCCAGCAAAUCUCGGCUUUCGGUGAACGUGAAGGGUAAAACACGAAAACUCUUACUGUAACUAUAAAUCGAAGAUGGUGUUCGCGUUCCCCGAACCGAUCGAGCUUAUUUGCAGCAACAAUGGAGAGGAGGAGGUUUCCCCAGACUUGGCGCCCGAUUCCCAUCAAGUUUCCGAGAUUCAAAGGUUCUACGAGGGAGCCAGUGUGUUUAUUACGGGGGCCACCGGGUUCAUUGGAAUGGUCCUUGUCGAAAAGUUGCUCAGAUCAUGUCCGGGUAUUGAGCAGUUAUUCCUUCUCGUGAGAUGUCGCAAAGGCAAAUCAGCAGAGGAAAGAAUCAACGAGAUGUUUCGUAAUCCGUUAUUCUCCCGACUACUAGAGGGCCAGAGCAACGUUUUGAAAAAGGUGCGAAUCAUCCGCGGAGACGUGGAACAACCCAAUUUGGGUAUUAGCAGUUCGGAUACAGACACACUGAAAAAAUACGUCAACGUCAUCAUCCACGUGGCCGCGACCGUCAGGUUCGACGAACACCUGAGGAGAGCCUACACAAUAAAUGUGGCCAGUUUGAGGGAUAUUCUUGACAUGGCUGAAGCUAUGAAAAAUUUGAAGGCGUUUGUGCAUGUUUCCACUGCGUUCAGUCAAUGCCAUCGGGAAACGGAGUGUGUAACGGAAAAUUUCUAUCCUAGUCCUUAUACCGAGGCAGAAAUAGAGGCACUCCUACGGUCUGCUGAUGAUUACACCAUAGCUUGUCUUACUAGUCAGGUUUUAAACAAAUCGCCAAACACGUAUGUUUUGACGAAAGCUAUGGCAGAGGAUAUGAUUCGUAAAAGAUUAGACUCACUGCCAAUUGCAGUCUAUCGACCGUCUAUUGUUAUGAACACUAAUGUGGAACCUGUCCAUGGUUGGAGCUGCACCUUGCAGAGUGCAGGUGCUAUGAUGGCCGGCUUGGGUUUGGGGGUCUUGAGGAUUCUGAGACGGAUCCCUCAUAAGCGUGCCGAUAUUAUUCCGGUGGAUAAGUGCGCGGCUGCCUUAGUUGCACUUCCAUGGUACAUUCAUACAGCAAGGCUCAAGAAAGAAGCAAUUACCCCAAUCUUCAAUCAUGUCACCGACAGGAACCCUCAGACCUGGGAUGCGCUAACGGAUAUUGGUUUAAAUUUGCACUACAAUGAUCAAGUUUCAUCAUCAAAGCAAGUGUGGGCCGUUACCUUUUCAACCGAGCCCAAUGAAUUUCUUUACAAUGUGAAAUUCUUCCUGUACCACGUUCUACCUCUUCCGCUGUUUGUCCUGGCCGAAAAGCUGAAUGGAGGUCCCCCAAGAAUAUGGAGAGUCUACACGAAAAUAGCGAGUAUCACGUCUUUAGCCACCGCCUUUACGAUGCGGAACUGGAGGUUCUUUGACGACAACACUUUGAGAAUGUGGAGCAGUAUGUCCGAGAAGGAUCGUCUCGAAUUCCCGUUGGAUGUCUCCGAUAUAGAUUGGAAAAAGUACUUCCGAUGGGGCGCCAAGGGGACUCUUACGUACAUUCUCGGAGACAAGAUCAGAUCAUAUCACUCUCUCAGAGUGCGAGCGAUGAUAGUAAUUCACAGAACUUUACAGAUGUUCAUAAAAGCUCUAUAUAUGUUUCUACUGUUCAAAACUGUCAUUGUAGGAUGUAAUCUGUUAAAAAGUAUGGUACCGUCCGAAAUAUACAGGCUUAAUAAUUGAA